GUGCACAUUUAAUGAGCUCGUAGUGUCUUCCUCACAAGAUCAGCUAAGGUGAUGUUACAUUAUUAGCUGCUGUUCGCUAUUUGCGCCCUGUCGUGGCCCAAUGUCAUGUAGAGCUGAAACAUUGAAAGAUUAGUAAACUGACUGGGAAUCAGUGAGCAGCUUAUUAUAAGUAACCAAGGUCAUCAGGCAAACAUGGCAUCCACUGUAAAGUGAAUAUUAUGGGAUGUUCAACUGUUGGUUGGACAAUACAAUACAAUCUGAAGAUGUGACUUUGUUUUUAUCAAGACACUUUCACUAUUUUUUGAAUAAGCUGCAGUUAACAGUUAUGACAGUAACUGUUAGAUGCAGCCCUGCUUUCAUGGUACAUAUUUCUAAAUAAAGUUGUGUGUAAUCCAGUCCCUGAUACAUACAAAACCUUAGACCAGGUGUAAUUUGUUUGUAGAUUUCUGGGCAAAUAAUAAGGCUGUUGUGCUAGUGCACCGCGCCUAAUGGGAACUUUAGGGACCCUAAGGUACCCAAUCCCUGCACAAAGAAAGGGGGAAUGGUGUCAAAAGGAGACCAGCAGAACAUGUUUGUCUCCAAGUCAGUGCAAUCAUAUCAUAUAUGUAAACACACCCAAAAGCAGGGGAGAGUCAUCUGAACCCGCCCCACAUCGCGAGUGUCUGAGUCGUCAGUGCUAUGCAACACUGCCAUCUAUGGAUAAGAGUUAUAGUCCGCUCGCUGUUUAUCCCGCAUCACGUUGCUGCCUGUGUGCGUCCAGACGCAGCCGCCUGGACGCGCCUGUCAUCUGGAGGAAACUCCUCCCAGCAGACAGCGCGUCCUGUCGCCUUUCAAGCGCAAUGGUCUCCUGGAUCAUCUCUAGACUUGUGGUACUUGUGUUUGGUACACUAUAUCCUGCCUACUCGUCUUAUAAAGCUGUGAAGUCAAAAGAUGUGAAAGAAUACGUGAAAUGGAUGAUGUACUGGAUAAUAUUUGCCCUAUUCACGACUGUGGAAGUAUUUACAGAUAUGUUUCUUUGUUGGCUUCCUUUCUACUAUGAGCUGAAGAUAGCCUUUGUGGUGUGGCUGCUGUCCCCCUACACUAAAGGCUCCAGUGUGCUAUACAGGAAGUUUGUUCAUCCCACACUUUCCUCAAAAGAAAAGGAAAUUGAUGACUAUAUUGGCCAAGCGAAGGACAAAAGCUAUGACACACUGGUGCAUUUUGGGAGAAAAGGGCUGAAUGUUGCAGCCACAGCUGCGGUCAUGGCUGCAACAAAGGGCCAAGGGGUCCUGUCAGACAGACUAAGGAGUUUCAGCAUGCAGGAUCUGUCUUCAUAUCAGUCUGACACUGUUGACAGUGGCCCUGGCACCACGCAGCCUGCACAGCCUGCACCGGCACAGAAUCGGACCAGAUCUGUGAUGCGCAGCAAGUCAGAGAGCUACAACAAGGGACAGGAUUUUGACAUGACUGAGUAUGAGGUGUUGAGGUUGGACCAAUGGGACUCCAAGGGGGUGCUGUCCCAGACCACUUCACCAUCUGAGUCUGAGUCCACACCCAUUACGCCCUCACUGACACCCCAGUCCUCCCUACCCUCCACACCCUCUCCACCUCCCACUCCUUCAGCUCCCAAUCAGUCUGAAGAGGUGGAGAAAGGUGUGCAGGCAACAUCAAGCUCUCCACAGCUCAGGCUGAUGAAGAGGAAGGCUCCUGAGCCUCCUCUUAGAGUCUUGAGGCCUCUCACAAGAUCCAGGAGUGCUCUUUCUUCGAACAAUGAAGCCAUGUGAAACUUGUCCUAAAGACUGCUCCAGCUGCCUUUGUUGCAAGACGUGAAAAUACCGAAUGGCCAAAAUCUACAUGACUGAAGCAGCCUUGCUUUGGAAUAAGGUGUUACCAAAGUGACCUAUGAUGACCCCUCUAUAUUUAGUAUAUAGCUUGCGGCUCAUGAUUUAAAAAAAAGAGGUUUGUGACAUUGAGAUAGAACAAAUGAAUGAAUGGGCUCCAUGCUGAUAUCGACAUUUUGAUUUUGUGGGUUAUUGAAUAUGUAUUUAUGUACAGUUUGUGUGUACUUCAUCCUUUUGAUUUGAUUGUUUUUAUAUAUCAGGUUUGGGUAGGCAAUUGCAUGUGUGUCUUCCCAGUCAUUAGUCUGCUGUUUAUUAAACAGAAUGUACUGUCACUGAACACUACAGCUGGCAUUGAGAGUGACAUGGUCGCUGUUAGAAAAUGUGUUAAAGCCAAGGAUCAAAGAAAAAAAGAAAAAAAAAGGCAUGGCUGUUUUCUUCCCUUAUUCAACCUGUUGUGGAGAAACAUCUGUGAGAAUUCUGCACUGAUUAAUUGACAUAUCAAGCUGUUGAGAAAUCAGCCGUUGAUCCAAAACAUAUUCCAGAGAUAAGACAACCCGACUUUGUUGUAUUGAAGAGACAGCAGUGGCAGACAAUAUUCUUUACCUCUCUAUUAAAGCCUUAAAAAAAGAUAGAGACAUAAAAAUAUAAAAUGUCUCCACGGUGACUUAAAUACUUAUAACACAACUAUGUUCUCAUUAAACAAUCAUUUUGCACUAUGUUUAGAAUAUAAAAUUACUCCUUUCAAUAGUCUGAAAUGGCCAAAAAUUACAUGAAAGAGUGAACGUAACAAAAUAGUAGCUGUAUGUUAUCGCCAAUAACUUUGUUAUUAUUGCUUAUUUCCUCUAUGGUGAGGAAAAUAACUACCUGUGUAACAAGUAGUUAUUUCUUUGCAUCACAGAUAAAAAAAAAAUAUCACUUUCUCAGUUGGGGCAGACUGACUGUUCUUGACAAUCUACUGUUCAGUUUGUGCACACAUUUUGUCAUUUAAUUGACAAUUUAUUUGGCAGUUUAAGGCCAAUGAAGGAUAUGUCACUUCCAGCUGUAGCAAAAAUAGGAUAUGAGUAAAUAUUUACCGUAUAUAAACAUGGUUCUGUUUCCAUGUUUGAAAUCACUGUGUAGUGCUCUGCUGUUAACCAAGCAACACUGAACCCAACGAUCUUACCUUCUACUUGCUUCUUAUUUUUUAGGAUGUUCAUGAGAGUGACUUUAUUAGUUUGCAGGUUUACAAACUUACAUUUAACUUAAUAUUGCGUGGUGAUUCACUGUAUGUUUUCAUCUUGUGCUUAAUUCACUGAGCCUGACUCAUAGCGACACUUUACACAAAGUAUCACUGUAUUGGUUUUUGAUAGGUGGACUUGCCCAGCAGAUUUUUCAUCACGUUAUCUGUGUCAUUUACGAGGGUCUGAAGUUUGAAAAAAGAGCUUCUCAGGUACAACCGUUCUGUUUACAUGCCAUUCACUCGGAUGUUGUAGAUACACUUGUUAUGCACAUGAAAUGUCCUUUCAGUGGAUACAUGGUGAAAAAAAAUCAAAUUAUGUGUUAUGGCGUUAGUAGUACCAGUGUUAGUGUUGGAGGUGAUUUCCUUCUGUUAAAAUUCAUGCAAAGUAAAAUGGAGAAAAAAAAAAACAUGUUGGCUAAGUAGCAAGAUUUGUAUACUUGUGCGUAGUCUGAUAAACUCAUCAUUGCAUGAUGUUUAAUUUGUUCGAAAAUUGGAUUUAAAUGAUUUUGUGUGAAGCUGCCGGCCUCUUCAGAUGCCUUGCUGGUAAACAAUGAAUUUCUGUCAUUAUUGGUUGCUUUGAAGUGAAGAAUUUAACAUGUUAUGACUAUAUGUACAUGUUGGCUCAGCAGAUAUAUGAAUAACAUGUCUUAUUUACUAAUCCGUUUGCCACAAUGAUGUGACUCAUGAAGAGACACAACUUUACUAAGUUAUCAUAGGAAAAGUUGUUCUGGCAGGCCAGAAUGUCAAAUUAAUUAAAUUUGAUUGUGAAUUAUAAAACAAAAAAGGAUGAGGUGAUGAUUUAUGGCUAUAAAUUUAUUCAUUCUAUGUUAAAUAUUUCUGUUUAAAUCGAUUUACUGCCAUUAAAUAUGGAGCAAAACUUUCA